AUGUAUAGGUUCAAUUGCACUGAAUCAAACGAAACCUUAGAGGCUGGAUGUAGCAAGGAAAACGUCAAUGUCGUGGAGGAGUAUCUGGACGACGAGCAGACGUUGUAUGUUUUGCGCGUGCUGAUGUUUGGCGUCACGCCGGCCAUUUCUGUUUUUGGCAUCACUGGAAACGUCUUCAGCAUGUUGGUGUUGAGCAGACACGGCUUGAGGAAGAGUUCAAACAUUUUGUUGUUCUCUUUAGCGUUUUGUGACCUCUCUUUCCUCAUUGGCUUCAACAGCGUUCCAAAACUGCUGUACGAAGUUUCCGGGAACGCCGAAGGGUUCCGUUACAGCGAAGGCGUCUCUUACACCCUGUACAUCCUGUAUCACGUGUUCCACAACAUGGACUACGCCCUCGGGGGCGUUUCCCUCACUCUGCCCAUGCUGAUCACAUUUGAACGCCUGGUGGCCGUGUAUCUGCCAUUAAAAUUUCAUCAUAUUGUUACUCCUGUCAGGACUUGGUGCGCUGUAGGUACAAUCUGCGCCUUCUGGUGUGCUUUCUUUAUCCAUAUGUCAAUGUAUGCAGAUUUCAGCUACGACUUCAGCGACCGUUUUAACCAGAGCGUAGGUCUCAUUAUUAGGUCAACGUACCACUACAAUAAUAUCAACACCGUCGCCAUACUGGAGGUAACAAUGUCUUACCUCAUGAUGAAUAUCCCGCCAAGCAUCACUCUCGUCGGCUGCAUCGCCAUCGGGGUCAAGGUCAAAAUGGCGUCCACCAACCGCAGGAAGAUGUCGUCGUCCACGUCCGGCGAAUCGUCUAGACGCACGACAAAAACGUUGCUGGCCGUCUGCGCUGUAUACAUGGUGACCUGCUUCGUUUUGUCGCUGCCGACGUUCAUUCCGCAGUACGUGGCGUACACCAUGAUCUCGGACGCUCCGUCUAACCUUGGCAAGGUCAUGUAUCAGAUGAUGAACAUUAUCCUCUGCAUCAACAGCUCGUACAACUUUAUCAUUUACGUGGCAAUGAACAAAAACUUUAGGGACACUUACAAGUCACUGUUUGUUGGCUGCUGCUUUGAUGAAAGGAACAAGAGAUCCAGAUUGGACCAGAAAGGACCGGAUAGGACCAGAUAG